UGAAUUUAAUUCAUUUUUUUCUCAUCCCAUUUCUUUAUGGAGGAGUCACUCCUGUAGAACACACUUCUGUCCAGCAGGUGGCGACAAAUCGCCAACGGACUGAACAGAACAAGGAAACGCCUUAGAAGUGACGUCACUCGUGUAGCAGCCACAAACAGGAAGAAAACAUCCAGCUGUUAUCAAAGCACGGAGAGCUCUGGUUAGCGUAGCAACCCUUGUAGCAGUGGCUCCGUAAUGAAACGGCUUUGAGAGUCGGGAAUAAACCAGUGCUUUAUCAUGCUGUGUCCGCAGUGGUGACUGUAUCGAGUGACACUCAAGGAAUUUAAUUGUGUUCGGCUUUCCUCCGGUCCGAGUGUAGAAACAAGGUGUGAAUGAGUGACGUGGUGCCUCCCACAGCCCUCAGUGAAGUCCAGCUCCGCUUCCUUUGCCACGAUGACAUAGAGAACGUUAAGCUGCUCUGUGGUGAUUGGUUCCCAAUCGAGUACCCAGACUCAUGGUAUCAGGACAUCACCUCCAACAAGAAGUUCUUCUCCCUCGCUGCCACCUACAGAGGAGGCAUCGUGGGAAUGAUUGUGGCCGAGAUCAAAGGUCGGACCAAAGUACACAAAGAGGAUGGAGACAUCCUGGCCUCCAGUUUCCCCGUGGACACACAGGUAGCCUACAUCCUCAGCCUGGGAGUGGUCAAAGAGUUCAGGAAACAUGGCAUAGGCUCACUGCUGCUGGACAGUUUGAAGGAGCACAUAUCGACGACAGCCCAGGACCACUGUAAGGCAAUCUACCUACACGUUCUCACCACGAACAACACUGCCAUCAACUUCUACGAGAACAGGGACUUCAGGCAGCACCACUACCUACCCUACUACUACUCCAUCCGAGGCGUCCUCAAAGAUGGAUUCACAUAUGUGCUCUACAUCAACGGGGGUCAUCCACCCUGGACAAUAUUUGAUUAUAUCCAGCACAUCGGUUCAACCCUGGCCAGCCUGAGCCCCUGCUCCAUCCCUCAGAGGCUGUACCGACAGGCCCAGUCCCUGCUGCGCUCGCUGCUCCCCUGGUCCAAUAUCGCCUCCAAGACCGGCAUCCAGUACAGCAGAACAAUGUGACACAGCAUGUCACACAGAUGUUCCCGUCAGUCUUCCCCUGUACACGCCGAGAUGUACACGCACACUCACAUUCUCCUACAGCUUUCCACACCCUGUGUGACACACAGGACCUCAGGUUCAACCUGCAUUUGACCGUUCACAUAUUUC